AUGUUUCAAUCGUAUCCACCCCACUCUUCGAUCACAAGACUCGCAAAAUGUAAAGAUCAGGUAUCGACAUCGGGUCCAUUAAAACAAUGUCUAAUCAUUCAUGGAGAGGAACCCUCUCACUUCUUUAAAUGUAUAUUCUAUGAGCCCUAUGAAAUAGAUGACGAAGUGAAUUUUCUAUAUUGUGUGGAUAGUAUUUUGGGGCAAGAUUUGCAUGAUGUAGAACCUGAUAUUCUGUUAUAUUAUGAUUUAGUAGUAUUUCCUUUGCAUGCAGAUUUGCGUAGUAACGAAAAAUUUAUUACCAAGUUGAAACAGUUAGCAUCUGAAAAAAGAAUUGCAAUAUUAUUUUUGAGAGGAGUACAUGUACCACUUGCAUUGGGAUAUCUAGUGGAUCCUCGCUAUGCAGAUUAUGCAGAUGGAGUGAUACAAUUUGAUUUAACAGUAUUCAACCAGCUUUGUGAAGGAAGCGAAAUUCUCCCAAAAUUGAGAGCAACCCAUCAAGAUGUAUUUGUUGCGAUUGCCGAACAUCCAGAGCUACCAAUCUCACUUAAUGACCAAUACAUUUUUUGUGUUGAUAAACCGUGGUUGAUAUAUGAACCCUCCAAGUGGUAUAUUAUCGCAAAUUGUGAGGGAGACAGGCCUUGUUUUUUAAUUCACAAAGAACAAAGAGUAAUGUUCACUCCAUGGUAUGGCUUUAGUCAUGGAGAUUAUUUUGCGCAUGACCUUGUGAAAUAUUUCUGUAAAUAUUUACUGGGGGAGCAUUUAGCGGAAAGAGAGAGCAAACUCAAAAGCAACCUUUUUUUAAAAUUGGAAAAUAGACAAUUAUUGGACGUGGUCAUUGUUGUAGACGAAAGUUAA